AUGGAGGAGCUGGAGGAGGACCUGACGUGUUCGGUGUGUUACUCUCUGUUCUCGGACCCGCGGGUGCUGCCCUGCUCACACACCUUCUGCAGGAUCUGUCUGGAGCACGUGCUGCAGGCCUCCGUCAGCGUCUCCGUCUGGCGUCCCCUGCGUCUGCCGCUCAAGUGUCCCAGCUGCCGCAGCGUGGUGGAGCUGCCCUCCAACGGUGUGGACGCGCUGCCGCUGAACGUCUGCCUGCGGGCCAUCGUGGAGAAGUACCAGCGCGACCGCCGGCCCCCGACCUGCCCCGAGCACCCGCGCCAGCCACUCAACGUCUACUGCGUCCAGGACCGCAAGCUGAUCUGUGGCUUCUGUCUGACCACCGGCCAGCACCAGGGCCACGCCAUCGACGACCUGCAGACGGCCGUCCUGAAGGAGCGCGGGGCCCGGGGCCGGCUGACGGAGCGUCUGGAGGGCCAGCGCUGGGACGAGGUCUGCGGUCGGGCCGAACGCCUGGCUCAGGAGAGGGAGCGCAGCCGAGCUCUGCUGCAGAGCGACCGCGAGGCCGUGUCACGCUUCUUCCAGGGCCUUGACCUCAUCCUGGCCCAGAAGGAGCAGCAGUGCAUGCAGGCUCUGGAGCGGGCGGCUGAGCUGCUGGACAGGGCUUACGAGCCGCUCGUGCAGCUGGUGAAGGACAUGCAGGAGGAGCACACACAGCUGAUGUCCCUCAGCUCCAGCGUGGAGAGUGAGGAGUGUCCGCUGGAGUAUCUGGAGCAGGUGCAUCAGCUGAGCGAGCGAGUGAAGGCCGUGAUGCAGACGCCGCUGCCGGAGAUCCCCAGCAUGCACCUGGCUCCUCGAGCGGAGCACUUCCUCCAGGAGCACUGGAGUGACCUGACCAUCACCGCUCUGAGAGACGCUCCUGUUCCAGACAUCAGCUGGAGCUCUGCGUCUGCUGAAGGAGCAGGUCCAGGUGCUCCAGCGCUCCUCAUCAUCAUCAUCACGCUUCUCCUCACAGCACUGUGUGUGGUGUCGGUGUGUGGCAGACCUCCAGCGCUCUCUGAUCUCACACAGACGCUCCAUCAGAUGGGGACAGCCUUCUGCUGUCUGCUACAGAGCAUCAACACCUUUACCUCUAGUUUAGGAGAAGACACCUAUCAGCAUCUGCUCAGCUUUCUCAAAACACUGCACUAGUGUUACACGCUGAAGACGAUGCACAUGUUCAGCCUUCGUUCAAACACACGCCGAAUGCUGUAAAGCUUUGAGCAUCAAACCAUCAAUAACAUGACAUCUUACAUCACUGGACACGCGAGUGCUUUGAAAACAUCCUCCCUGAAGCUUUGUGAUGCAGUCCGGGUCAGAUCCAGUACAGCUGGCUUUACAUUUCAACAAAACACUGGUGUGAUCCU